UUCACUCUACGAGGUUGCACGCCUAUAUGUACAUCUCCAGGCAUAGCAGAACAGAAUCUCUCUCUCUCUCUCUCUCUGAGUUUAUGUCUACCGUUAAUUUCAAAUUCCAUCACAAACUCCAGAGCUAGCUCUAUUGAAAGACUCAAAAACAACCUAGAGGGAGAUAGUACAGAGAAGAGAAAGAAAUGUCAACAACAAGGAGGCCCAAAUGGCAUCCAACACCACCGCCACUACCAAGUCCCAAAAUCCUCAACUUACCACGAAGAACUCGCCGGAAACAAUCCAAAAACACCACCACAAAGCCAUAUAGACCCAUCAAGGACCCCCCAGAGAUGCACCAGAAGUACUACAGAGGGAAACUAGAGUCUUUGUUUGAUCAAGAACGAGCAUUUUCGAGAACUGCUCCGAUUGUGCUGUUGAAUUCGAGUGAGAGGAGAGAGAGGGUUGAGGAAUGUGAAGAGAGUGGUGGCUUUCUGGAGGAGAAGUGGAGAUUUCAGGCGGAGAUUCUGAGAGCCGAGUGCAACUUCUUGAGGAUGGAGAGGGAGUUUGCGUUGAAGAAGUUGGAGAGGAAUCGAGUUCAGAUGGAGAGGACUCUGCGAUCAGCUGUUCGGACUCUGGUUUCUGGGAGAAAUAAAAUCUAUGAAGGAGAGAAUGUGAAUACUGUAUUGGAGGAAGAGAUUGAAGAUUUAGCAGAGAAACUAGAGGAGUUAAGGAGGAGCUCUGGAGUUGUAGAUUUUGAGGUCCGAGACUGUAGUAAUUUUGAUAAACAAGCAUCUCUUUUGCAGCGACGGCUAGGAAAGCUUGGAGGACUAUCGGAUGAGAAAUGCGUCAAGGAGAUUCAGGAAUUGGCUGAAUCAAGCCUGUCCAUUAACACCAUUCAUGAAAUUGACAAUGAGAGCUUUGAUUUGAGUAGUAAAGGCAAUAAUAGAUCCACUGAUAUGGAGAUAUUGAGAAAACAUAUGGAGGGGCUGCCUAAAGGUUUGCUAGAUAGAAUGGAGGAGGAAUAUGGGUCAAUGCUUUCUACUACCGCCAACAGUUCAGUUGACAGUUCUGCUUCCACUUCCAAAAGAAUUGAAUGCCUGGAUUCCUCUAGUUUCUCCACCAGACAUCUGCAUCAGGAAUUAGUGUCACGUGAGGAGAUCAAAUGCUCAGGACAUUGCAAGGCCAUGUUGCGGAGGAUCAUGGAGCAAGUGAGAACUGAGACAGAGCAGUGGUCCCAAAUGCAAGCAAUGUUGGGGCAGGUGAGAGAGGAGAUGGAAGAACUGCAUGCUUCUCGUGAUUUUUGGCAAAAUCAAGCAUUAGAUUGUGAUUAUGAAAUCCAAUCUCUGCGGUCCACUGUGCAAGAAUGGAGACAGAAAGCUCUCACAUUUGAAUCCAAGGCCAAUGAGCUGCAAACAGAAAUAUCUGCAAUUAAGGGGGAGCUUGAAAAAUUGAGGAUGGCGGAAAACGAGAAGCAUGUACUGCAUUGUCCCUUGAAGGAAAAUCAUCACACUAAUGACAAAGAAAGCAAGAAGAAGAUUGCCAACCAAAAGUCGAGGAUUGAACAAACCAGGGAAAUACUGACAACUAGAGAUUUGCCACCAAUCUCCCUUGGCAAACAGAUUGAAAAGGAGAAGCGUAUACUGAUUCUUCGCUUAAAGGAAAAUCAUCAUGCGGAUGACAAAGGAAGCAAACAGGAUAAUCUUGGUGAUGGAAGACAAAGAGCAACUACACGCGGCAAUGGACUCAUGGCUCUAAAACGGUCACCAUUUCGAGAUAUUGGGAAUUCUUCAUGUUGAUGAGGCAGAGCCACAGAAUUGUGAAGCCGUUUCUCCUUUGCAUAGCCCUGAGCCAUCCAAAAAACAGGAAUGCUUUUCAAACAUUGGAUAGAGAGAGAGAGAGAGAGAGAGAGUGCACAAAUGCCUUAUACAAGUAAAAAAACCAGGAGGCAUGUAACCUUUUCAUUAUAUCAACUGUAUAAGUGCUUGGUCGAGAAACUGCUUACCUUGCCAAUUGAAGUCAUGUA